UGUGGAACCAAUGUCGCAAAGCUUCCUAGUCAGCCGUUCGUUAUUCGCAUCGACCGUCCUUUAGACGUUAGAAGGACAAGAUCGCAUGAUCACAACGGACCCUUUGCAUUGAUUUACCCUAGCCUCCCCCGAUCUUACUGCUAUCCGCAUAAAACCAUUGGUCGCCGAGAAAAAAAACUAUGUCACACUGAAGAGAGCGCAGCCAGGCCCGUUUCUCCACGAAAUGGAAACACAACCCCUGCUCUGCGUAUUUCAAGUCCUUGAUGUAUAGCGAAUACAUUCUGUGAAGCCGGUUCACACGCCGUGUACGUUCUUCAUUUCGCGCUGAGAGUUAUCAUACGCAUAAUCUUUCCGUUGGGUCGAAGUCGAGCCGACCUUACCUCGUCCAGUUCACCCAAGCACGCUCCAAUAUGGUGACUCCAAACGCCACAAUGAACGGUGGCUACAUCAAUGGUACGCCAAAUGGUUCUUCGUUGAAUGAAACUGAUGCCGCUGCGUUGAAGUUGCCGUCAAGCACAUCACCAAGUCUAACCCUUGUGGUUGCAACGGAAGCCGAAAGAGAAAAGAUCUGGAACAAAAACUCGGGCGAAUGGCGCGGCGCUUUAUCUCAUGAAGCUUAUCUACGUAGAGAGAAGCACCUGUCGAACCAGGACUUCACUAAAGAUGGAGGCAUUACUCUAUGGAUCCUUGUCGACAGCAAUGACCCAAAUAGAACGAUUCUUUCCUCCUGCGAAACAUAUCGGAAACGAGCCGUGAUCGCUAUGGACGGAAAAGUCCAAGACGUGAUCUCAUAUGGCAUCGGGAGUGUUUUCUGUCCUCCGGAAUGUCGGGGCAACGGCUUGUCUUCACGGAUGAUGAAGGAGCUUGCCCAAAAGCUCAAAUCCGGAAGCGUCCGAGAAGGAGAAAGCGUAGCUUUUUCGAUUCUCUUCUCAGAUAUUGGCAAGAAAUUCUACAAUAAAAUGGGCUGGGAGCCCUUCAACAGCUCAAACAUAUCCAUUCCCACUUUUUGGAAGGGGACGCCUCCCCAUGCUUCUCUAGAUCUGCCACCAUCACGUCCAUUGUUCGCGAGCGACCUACCGAGUCUGUGUGCGAUCGACGAACAGCUCGUCCGCUCAAGCUUGCUCCACGCUCCUGCCGACAAGACUUUUGUGGCAUUGAUUCCUGACAUCGAAACGAUCCGAUGGCACCAUGCUCGCGAAGACUUCGUUGCUCGAGAGAUUCAUGGCAAGUCUCCUGAUGUCAAGGGAGCAAUCGUUGGAACCGAGCCUGGUAAACGAGUUUGGUGCUACUUUACACGAAUGUUUUACAACUCAAAUCCCAAUCAAAGCAAUGGUAACACUUUGCACGUGCUUAGGAUUGUUGUCGAAGAACGCGGACUGUUUACUUGGGAGCGUGCCAGUGCUGAUGCUGACAUGUCCGCGUACAUUCCGGCCAUUUCCUCGCUUUUUGCAGCUGCUCUUUCUGAAGCGCAGAAGUGGAACAUGCAUGAAGUCGAAAUCUGGAAUCCAACGGAACCAACUGUGAGGGCUGCACAAGCCUUGUACCCUGGUGCAAAGGUCAUUGACAGGGAUAACGAAAGCAUAGCAAGUCUGAUGUGGUAUGGUCCGCGAAAAACCACUGGACCAGUUGCGGAUGAAGUAGAUUGGCUAGGAAAUGAGAAGUAUGGAUGGUGCUGAAUUUUCGGCAUCUGCAAACUUUGUACAGUCCGUAGAUCAAGCUGUACUGCAUAUAGCAUUUAUGCCUUCGCAAUCUUUUGCAACCUAUUUUCGAAUGAAUACAUAGCCAUCGGAAAUGUUUUAUCUUCUUC